AUGGCGAUUAAUGCUGAGGCUGAAAAAGUUAUCGCUUCGCUUUCUUCCCUUAAACUUGGUUCAUCGGGAGAUGACACUGAGAGAUCCACGCGUUUUUGGAACCCUGCACUCGUUGCAAUGAAGUUUUCGGUGGAGACACUGUGGAUGAAAGCAGUAUGGGAAACCGAAUCGAAGCCGAAUUAUGGCAUGCGGGAUCUCGACCCAAUUUUAGAAGAACGAGCUUCGAAUAAGUUUGAACUUACCGGCCCGCUUAUUGAUUCCUUCCUUCGCGAAUUGGGGAAAUCCAUGUACAGCAAACUCGGUCGUUCAAGAAAUACUGGGCUAAUGCCUCCUGUAAAGUUGUUUGUGCCAUACAAUAUAUUUCGGAACAUAUGCAAUGUUGCUGCUGGCUAUGGCGGGUCAUUGAAGAGCACCAAGUCACAGAUUUUAGUGACAAUUGAUUCUUUUAAUACUGCAUCAAAAGUGUUUUUGCCUGUAAGAUUUUCUGGGCAUAAUUUCUUAAAAAAAAGGCAUUUCGAUAAGAUCCGUCAAGAUGGACGUACUAUUUUGCAGUAUUCUGGAAGAGCAGCCGUUGUUGUGGGAAAGUCAACUCCUUUGUUACUGGACUACAACCUCAAGCAAGAAAAGCUGACGCUUUCAUUUUACGUUCAGCGUUACAACAAGGACGAAUUUUCCUUGGAUUUAAGGCUUCAAGCUCUGAUAAACCAGGAGCAAAAUUAG